CUCAAUCCCAAAAACAAGUAAAAUGUUCUUUCACUACAAAUGAUUGACUAACUGAAUACAUCUGCCAUCGACUUGGUAAUUUUUAUUUCAGAAUAGCAAAUUAGACACUAGCCUUGAGCUUGAAUCGCGAAGCCAUUCCAUUUAGUUUCAGCGAUUGAUACUAAACGGAUGAAUAAGAAGAAGAUGAGUGAAGAUGACGUGACUGAAAUGGAGGAGAUGUUCACUGAAAUUGCCAAGACAACAGGCUACUUGAAUUGGUGGCACUCAUUGAUGUUCAUGGGCGUGAUCAUAGUGUCGCUGCAGGACGGGGGAAAUCUUAUCUGGCCAGUGUUUGGAGCAGCCCACAUUCCCCACAAGUGCAAGGUUCCAGGACUGGACCAUCCCCAGUUCAACCAGACGCCACAGGCACUCAUUUUUGGAACGUUUUUCAAUGAUCCUGAUAAGUUCGGCUGUAAGGGAGUGGGCUCAGAGAAUGACAACGGCUGUUCUGCCCUCAAUGCAGACCCUAUCGCCCUCAUCCGGGAGGCGGAACUAAUGGACAAAUCAGUCACGGAGUUACUCCGGGAACCCGGCCAGUCGGAAGUUCUGAGUGAAGCCAAGUAUAGCCAGUGUGACGAGAUGCAUGGCUACGAGUUCAUGCCAGAUAACGUGGAAGACUCAGUUGUCUCGGAGUUCCGAUUAGUCUGUGGGCGUGAGUUCUACCGCAGAAUCGACAAGUCUGCGUUCGCUUUUGGACAGUGCAUCGGCGCUUUCCUGUUCGGCUAUCUUGGCGACAGGUUUGGUCGGAAGCGGGUGCUGACUAUCCAGUUUCUGAUUGAGAUCCCCUUCAUCGUGGCCAUGUCUUUCAGCAACAACAUGCAGGUCAUCAUAGGACUCCGAUUCAUUAUCUCUGUGUUUAACAUGGCCAAAUACCCUCUAGCUGUCACCUACGGAUUGGAGACUGUGCUUCCCUCCCACAGGAAUGUGAUGGGUAUCAUGCCUGGCAUGGUGUAUGGGAUUGGCAUGUCCUUCUACACUAUACUGGCUUAUUUCAUCCGCACUUGGCGCAUCUUCACCACCACUGGCAUGUGGUUCUGCAUGCCAGUCAUGCUCUACUGGUUGAUCCUACUUCCAGAGAGUCCUCUAUGGCUCAUCAAAGCUCGGAAGUUCCGAGAAUUCAAACGAUCAGUUGAUAACAUGGAAAAGAGAACAGGCAAGAAAUUCGACACCAAAUUCCAGCUCAAACUGGGAGAGUUAGUUGAACGGGAGCCAGAAGAGAGAAGCUACUGGAAUUUUUUCAAAGAUGGAGUGGCUUGUAAGAGGAGGGAGUAUGUGGACGAAGCUCAUGAGGAACUGCACAUGAGCACGUACAUGAAGUUGAAGUUGAUCUUCAUGAACCAUCUAUUGAGGCGCUGGUUGAUGAUACACUGCUGUGUCUGGUCUGCAACCAUGGUGUUAUAUUAUACCCUGACUAUGGGCCAGGAUCUGUUCGACCUCAACCUCUACAGCUUCACAUUCAUGAUAGGCUUCUUCGAGGUGCCCGGAACUCUUCUAACUAUGCUCAUUGUGAACAGAAUGGGCAGAAAACCCACUCUGAUCUCAGGCCUAAUUCUAUGUGCUGCAUGUCUCAUGUUGUGCUACUUCUUCAAUGGCAACAAACUAGUUCUUCUGGUGUCGGCCUCUUGCGCGAAGCUGUUCGUCACAGGAGUGUUCGCACUCAUCUACCUCUACCUCGGCGAGUCCAUGCCCACCCUCUCACGCACCACAGCUGUCGGUUUUGCGUCUGCUUUCUGCCGUGUUGUGGGAUGGCUUUUCCCUUUGUGGACCUGCUGAACUCCUACAUACCAGGGGCCAGUCUCAUUUUCAUGACGUCACUAGCCCUACUCAGUGCAUUCCUCAGCUUCUUCCUCCCGGAGACCAGUGGACAGAAACUACCAGCCACUCCUGAAGAUUGCGAAUUGAUUAGUAAAGGACAGUGGAAGGAAAACAUUGACAUAGAAGUGGAACUAACCUAAAAGUAGCUUCUUAAAUUGUUACUUUUCAGAAUAUAUAUGAAUAGUUGACAAUUUCUUACUUAGAAGUGAACCAGGUAUAACCAAGGGCUUUAAUCUGAGCUUUCAGCGCUUUAUUCUGAUAUACAUAGACUUGUAUUCUGAGCAAUGAAAGAUGAUAUUUCAUAGAUAAAGA